GGGCUGGCAGGGCGAUCUCCAUGAGCGCCUCCCAGGCCAGACGAAACCACUGCUUUUUCAGUAGAAACAAGGUCUCCCGAUCCAAUUCACGGGCAUAUUAACAACUGGCAUUAGCUGGCUUAGAGUGAAUUUAUGCAGCAAAUUCCAAACUUGAGGCGCAAGGAGGAGCUUAGCUUUUUUAAGUCGGAGCUUGGCUUUUUUGGAGGGCUUCUUACCAGAUUGCAGACAUCAGCUCCCACAGUAAGAACUCUGUCAUCAUCAAAGUCCUUUUCACAGAAUAUUCCAAGCUGUUUGUGGAAACUGGGCCGACUUAACCAUGUGGCCAUUGCAGUGCCUGAUCUGGAGAAGGCUCAGUCCUUGUACAGAGAUGUGUUGGGAGCCCAGGUGAGCGAGACUGUUGCUCUUCCUGAACAUGGUGUCUACACUGUUUUUGUGGAGCUGGGAAAUACCAAACUGGAACUUCUACAUCCUUUAGGAGAGAAAAGUCCCAUUGCAAGUUUUCUGCAAAAAAACAAGACUGGAGGAAUGCAUCAUAUCUGCAUUGAGGAAAUGGGAAUGUAGAAGAAAGAAGCAAUUUGCAUUAAGAAUGAUAAAAACCUCCAGCCUUCUGUAAGACCAGUGGUUCUCACUUACAGGUACAAGAGAAAGAAAUUGUAGGCAUUUCUCAGCAAAAAGAGCUCAAAGCUCCCAAGGGUUUCAAGUAUAUGUAAUACUGUUUAAGAAGUUUAAAUAUGUGUUAGCAGCUGAAAUUGUUCUAUGUAGAUCUCCAUUUUGUAUGAGAUGUGAUCUUGUUGCAGAUGAACCAGAUGGUUGUCAAGGAAAGUCAUUUACUUCUCAAUUUGAUUAUGAAAAUUGAGAAGAAUGGGACAAAAAAGUCAUUUAUGUGUUACCUGUACUGGAAACUUUAGAAGAAGCCAAUGAGGCAUUUAACAUCAAGUGUGGCAACCCUCUCAAGAAGAGCCCAGCACCCAUUUCAAACAGUGACAAGCGACACAACCAGCCUCAGAGGAGACAGGGGACAAUAAGCAUUGCAAACACAGCUUGCUACAUUUACAGUUUUCCUUUUUUUUUUUUCCUUUUGACAAAAUAACUGGAAAGGCAUUAUGUUGGACAAUGUAGAAUCUUCUGUUAAAAAAGAAAAUUUAUAACUCUGUACAGUAGGUCAAGCAAACCAGGAGUCAUAAUCUAACAGAUAGUUUCAAUGAAUCGGGUAAACUAGUGCAAUCAGAUUUUCCUAAAUGAAGUCUUGUGACUCAUUAAUAUAAUCUCUACACAAAAAUAAUAAUAAUGUUUAAAAAUUAAGAAAUUAAGAAAAAGAUUGUCCUAAGUCAGUCAUGUUUGUCUCCAGGUAAAAAUAAAUGGAAAAUUACAGACUAAUUUAUGCAGAGAAAAAAGCUAUCCAUCGUUAAACUGGUAUUUAAGUGGGACUGAAAAACAAAUCUGGUCCCUACCAUUGUCAGUCAUAAAGAUGUUAACCUCCCUCCUCCAAUUUCCCAUUCUCAGAAUGGAAAAUCUUACCAUUUCAAAGGUAAAUAGUCUUCCAAGUUGAGUAAAAAUGGUUUUAAUAAAAACUAUUAAAGAAUGUCAGUGUCAAUUGAUUGUUCCUUUGAAAUUUAAAAAAAUAUUUUGUAGAAAUAUCGUUCUGUGAACAGUUUUAUUGCAAAAAGCAGAAUUGAAAAAAUCCUUUCCAUACUGAAGAGGAAGCCUAACAAGUUUAUCAAAACACUCUUAAUUUCUUCCAUCUUGUACAAAGGAAAAUUUAGAUAGAUGUUUUGAUAGGGAACUUGUUUCAUAUAAGAUAAAUACUUUAAGAAGAAAUUAAAUUACUCCUGACCAGUCAUAAUUGAAUUGAAUACCUGCAGUGAAAAGCAUGCUGGACACUUCGUAGAGUAAGAG